UCGGGUUUGCGUCAGAGUUUGAAAACCUCAGUUUUAGCCUGACACUUCGACAGGCUUGACUUCCUGUAAUUUCACAUCGAGCAGCUUUUGAGACGUUCAGUUGUGAGCUGUGCAAGGGCGCCUCACAUUUCAAUCAAGUUCAUAGGUCAACAAUACAGACAGAUGACUGCAAUGGUGACUAACAGACUUGGGUGGGUACCGAUUCUUGUUUUGCUGUUCACUCUUAACAAUCUGGUCAUGUCAAGAUAUCUCUCCAGGAUGGAGAGGGAAAUUAGUUACAACACAUCAUCCACAAACACCAGUGACAAACACAGUAUAAACACUGUACCUGAGACUGUAAGGACCACCACUGUGGAACAUUUGGAGGCUUUAAGUGCACAAACCAUUGAAGUUAAAACUGAUAGACCUGAUUUAAAUGUCCCGGUGAUGAGUACGGACCACCAGAAUAUCUCAGACACCAGCCACACCCAACAAAAUGAAGGGAAUGAGACUUCUGAAAACCACUCCAUAGGAACUGAGAGUGUGACAGUCCGCCAGCCAACAGGUAUUGAGAGUGCUUCAUAUACCCAACUUCCCAUGAGAAAUGAUAGUAGUGGACAUGUUUCACAAGCAGGAAGUUCUGCCCCCACAUUUCCUGCAUCGUUGGUAACUGAAAAGCACACAACAGCAGCUUCAACAAUAAUGCCUUUGGAUAAAUCAACAACAUCUGCUGCACUUCCCUCAACGGCUUCACGUACCACUAAAAACCAAACGUCAACCACAGAAAAGGCUCCCUCGUGUUUCACAGCUUCUCCUCAGAGGGAUGGACUUGUGAGUCGCUGCCUCAUCGCCAUUGCCUCAAUGGCUGCCCUGACAACCAUAUUUAUCAUAAGCACCAUCUGCCUGGUGACUAAACUCUCCGGAUAUAGAUACAGAUACAAGGCACACCUCCAAGAGACCGAGAUGGUCUGCAUUUCUGCCCUAAUGAAUGAUACCGAUCACCCUGUUCCAAAGCCAAGACACCCCAAAAGUAAUGGAGCAUUGAUCCCUAAUACUGAGGAUGGAGAUCCUGAUGGAGAUAAUCUGACUCUGAACAGCUUUCUUCCUGAUACUGAUGGCCCACUUUAGAAAUUAGAAGUUUCUUCUGCCUGCACUGAGCUUUUGCUGAAGGACUAGUGCUCUACUGAUAGAACACAGAAAGGUUGACUCUGUUGCCCUGAGAUUACAUUAAGUCAUUGCUUGGUGGUUAGAACUAAAGCAUCCACAUUACAAACCCAGUUCUAGAACCUUCGGCCUACUUUUACAAUGUAUCAAAAAAUGAGAGGUAUAGUUCAGUUACACUAUGUGGCCAAAUGUUUGUGGACAUCAUAUGUGCUUGAACAUUUAAUUUAAAAACCAUAGGCAUCAAUUCCCCCUUUGCUGCAAUGACAGCUUCCACUAAAGUGUAAGUAGGAACAUGGCUGCAGGAAUUUGCUGUUUCCUGUUAGCGGAGUUCUCACUCUGCUAACAGGACUGAGAUAUGUAUAAGUCUAACUUUCUCAGCCAUUAUGUAGAUUCCUGACUUAUCAAAAGGCAAUGAAGCACCUCCAAAAACCACUUAGGGGCCGUUCACCCGAACGUGUUUUUGCCUUGAUUGUUUCUCUGCAUCUCGUUGUUUUUCAGCGUCUCACACAGGAGCGCCACAUCUUUUAAACACGCUUAGUCUCUUGCGUUCUGCUCUAUUUGUUGCUCUGAAUCUAGGUUUUUUUGCGUAAAAGCGCAUUUAGUCUGAACGGCACCUUAUUUUUGGAACCAUAUUGAACAAUAAUAAACUUGACACACUUAUAUUUUAAUGUAAUAUUUUCUGUCUUUGUUUAAAGACUUUCUUUAAUCAUGUCAGUGCUGAAAUACUGUACUACUCUCUGAAAAGCUCAGAUAUUAACCUUGGCAGAAUAUAGGCCUAUUACUGAACGAGUAAGAAUAUGUUCUGUUCCUGUCUGUGGUUAAAGUAGUGCCAUAUAAUUUACUCGAAGAGAGUGAUAUUGAACAUUUUCAGUCUUAAAGGGAUAGUUCACCCUAAAGUGAAAAUUCUCUCAUCAUUUACUCACCCUCAUCCCAUGUGAAUGACUUUCUUUCUUCAGCAGAACACAAACAAAGAUUUUUAGAAGAAUAUCUCAGCUCUGUAGGUCCAUACAAUGCAAGCAAAUGGUAAUUUAUAGCUCCAAAAAUCACAUAAAGGAAAUUUAGAAGUAAUCCAUAUCUUCAGAAGCAAUAUAAGUGGAUGAGAAACAUCAAAAUAUAAGUCCUUUUUCUCACUAAAUCUCCACUUUAAUUUUCACAUUUAGCUGUUUAGUUUCACUCUUACAUCUGAAAGUGAAAGUUAAAGUGGAAAUUUAGAUCUGUUUCUCACCCACACCUAUUAUAUUGCUUCUGAAGAUAUGGAUUUAAACACUGGAGUCAUAUGGGUUACUUUUAUGUUUCCUUUAUGUGUUUUUGGAGCUACAAAGGUCUGAUCACCAUUCGCUUCCAUUGGAUGGACCUACAGAGCUGAGAUAUUCUUCUAAAAAUCUUUGUUUGUGUUCUGCUGAAGAAAGAAAGUCAUUCACAUCUGGGAUGGGAUGAGGGUGAGUAAAUGAUGAGAAUGUACAUAAAAUGCAAGCAUUCAAAUGUACCCAGAAAGGAUUUCGCUUUUUUACAGGAGGCUUUUCAUUGUGUCCUUGUUUGAAUCAAAGAAAAUAAAAUUUCCUUGCAUCAGCAGGUUUAACUUACAUUUGGGCAAAAACAGAAUGAGAAAAGCAAUGCAAUCCUCAGUCAACAUAACAAAUUUUUCAGUCAUUCACACCUUUCAUAUUAUAAUUUAUGAAAUGCAAUAUUAAUACCUUUAAUGUAUUUUUCUUUGUUGAUAAAAUGUGUUUAAUAGAACAAGAAACCUUUGUUGCUUUAUGAUGUAUGAUUUUGGAUGUCGAUAAUAGACCCUGUGUAUGUAUAUAUAUGUACUGUACUAUGUGUGUUCAAGUGCUUGUCAGAAAAAUUUUAUGCCCAAUGUUCAGAAAACCUUCUUCAAGGGCAUCAUGCCAUCCAGUAUUCAGCAGUGAUUAUUCUGUAAGUUAAUUAGAAAUAACAAAAUGGAGUGAAAGACCUGAGACCAGUUUACAUAGUUUACUCUGUUGUUACUGUUACCUGAAUUUGUUUUGUAAUUGUUAAAUAAACCAUUGAAUACAAUUCA